GAUGCUCCAGAUGCAAUCAAAUGUGCAUCUGCAUGUCAUUCACCACUUGUCAUGGACGUUGAAAGCGAAGGACUGGUCUCGCCUACUUCAUUCUCUGCAAACCGCCAAACGCGCUCACAGCCUUCGUGGAUCUCGAGGCUAUUUCCCUGUAGCUACGCCACGAUGGCGAAGGCGGGCGUCGUUGCCGUUCUGGUUCUGGCCGUCGUUCUCCUUGCCGUAAAGGUUGAGGCUAAGUUGAAGACGAAACACCCGGAAGAGAUCACCCACAAGGUAUUCUUCGAUGUGGAGAUCAACGGCCAAAAAGCAGGUCGUAUUGUCAUUGGUCUUUUUGGCAACGUGGUCCCUAAAACUGUCGAGAACUUCCGAGCUCUCUGCACUGGCGAAAAGGGCAUCGGAAAGAGCGGCAAGCCCCUGCACUACAAGGGUUCCAAGUUCCACCGGAUCAUCCCUCAGUUCAUGCUGCAGGGCGGUGACUUCACUCUUGGAGACGGCCGCGGUGGCGAAUCCAUCUAUGGCGAGAAAUUCGCUGAUGAGAACUUCAAGCUGAAGCACACUGGGCCUGGCAUCGUGAGCAUGGCCAAUGCUGGUCCCAAUACUAAUGGCUCCCAAUUCUUUAUCUGCACUGUCAAGACCAGCUGGCUGGAUGGUCGCCACGUGGUGUUUGGCAAGGUGUUGGAGGGAAUGGACGUGAUGUACCAGGUGGAGGCUGAGGGCACACAGAACGGUACCCCCAAGUCCACCGUUACCAUUGCUGAUAGUGGCGAGCUGCCCAUGUGAUUUCAUUACCAUGUUCGUUGGGUUGGCUUGUGUGAAACCCUGAGUGCUAAAUGCCUAACACUGGCUCAGAUAUGAUACUGGUAUUUCCUGGCUGGAUUCACUACGGCAGCAAAUGUUAGACACUUUUAUUUCAGUGUUCCUGUGACCUCUAUUCAGACUCUUCCCACACUCCGCUCUGCACAUGGGG